GGACGUACAAGCAUCGAUCUUGUUAGAGCAAAUCGAAAAUUUCCAGAAGGUAAAGCCUACGUGGUCGGAAUUGACAGUACGCCACGCAGUUGUACUGCGAAAUCUCUCAACGCGAGCGUACGAGCAUAUGAGGACCGAAGGCAUACUUCGCCUUCCAUGUCGAAGCACGUUGGAACGUUUCAUGGGGUCAUCACGUGGAGAAGUAGGAGUGACCGACCUAGUGAAGCAGAGGCUGUUUGCGGAGCUGACUUCCCACACUACGUCCCAGAGUAGAACGUGUUCGCUGAUCAUUGAUGAAAUGAGAGUGAAGCAGCGGCUUCUCUAUGUAAAGCAGAGGGAUGCGUUCAUCGGCGAAGUGGACUAUGGACAAGGCAUCCCUGUGGAAGCAGCAGAUGAGCCAGUGCUGGCCAACUCACUUUUGUGCUUCAUCUUGAGUGGCCUGUCGACACACUUUAGGAUACCAGUGGCAUAUUUUUUCACGAAAAAUUGCAAAGGCAAGGAGCUACACUUGCUCAUGCGCCAGGUACUGAAGGAAGUCGAAGCCGUUGGCUUUGCUGUGGUGAGAGUCGUUACGGACAAUCACCGGAUUAAUGUUAUGGCAUUUAAACUGCUGUGCAACGGAACUUUGAGGCACGUCAUGCCACACCCUGAAAAUCCUGACCGCAAGCUUUUUUUGGCGUUUGACCAAUGUCACUUGAUCAAAAAUGUGCGGUCACAGUUUUUGGCUCGUGACCUCGGCAAAGACGGAGCUAUCACGUCAGAACACGUGAAGAACCUGUACAAAAUGCAGCAAGACAGCAUUGUGAAGCCAGUGAGAUUCUUGACAAGGAAGCAUGUAUUUCCGAGUAACCUGGAAAAAAUGAAUGUGAAAAGAGCCGUCCAACUGCUGUCCCCUGCCGUUACUGCAGCCCUCAAGCUUCUGAAGGAGCAGGCGGGGCACACCUGCGAUGCAAGUUUUUUGGAAGUUGACGAAACGGUUGAGUUCAUGGAGACUGUCUAUCGGUGGUUUCUGUUGAUGGAUGUGAGCAACUGCUCCCAACACAUCCACCAAAACAACCCAGACUCCAGGCAGUUUGACUCUGAGAGCGAUGAGCGCCUGGAGUGGUUAGAGACAACCUUCAUAGACUAUCUUUCUACUAUGAAACACCAAUGCCUUGCAAAGAACUUCUUGACAAAGGAAACAUACCAAGGCUUGGUCAUGACCACACAUUCUAAUGUCGAGUGCGUUCGGUAUCUGUUGACAGAGAGUCAUUUUCUUUUUGUGCUGACCAGGAAAAUGUCUUCUGACCCCAUUGAGUCGUUCUUCGGGUGGCUGAGAAAGUCAGCAGGGAGCAACGACCAAACAGAUGCCAGAGCUGUUCUGUCUGGAAUCGAGAAAAUGUUGAAAACGGGCAUUGCUUCCAAAUCUGACUGCAGUAAUGUCAUCUCUGUGGAAAACAGCAAUUCUUUGCCGGCAAUGCUGCGAGAUCAGCCAGUCAUUGCUGUGCAGGCUGCGGAACAUUUCCCGAGGGAAGCGUUAAUAGCGCUAUCAGAGAACCUGAGCGAGGGCAACGAACUACUUCCGACGCCAGAUAUAGCGGCUCUAGCUAUGGUCGGAGGCUACCUGGCAAGAGCCAUAGGUGAGAGGACCUCCUGCGAAGAGUGCUUGAGCCUGCUGACAAAGCCGGGUUCUUCAGGGACGUCAGAUGCCCUGAUCAAACAUCAAGACAGGGGCGGGCUCCUCUACCCAUCUGGAGAGUUGCUACACGUUCUCUACUGCCUGAGAAAGUACAUUGAGGUUGUGCUAGCGAAAAGAAGACACCUGAAGCACCCGCUCAAAGAGGCCGUGGACAACGCUGCCAAUGUACUUCGCGAGCGCAAUCUUCUCGUGUGUACAAUGCCUGGGCACCAUGAAAAGCUCCUGGAUGUGCUGCUCACAAAGUUCUUCCGUCCCAUUUUCACGAAUUUUGCAAUGAAAGUGACGGACAAGCAUGACUUUUUGAAGGUCUUCGAAGUGAAGCCACUUUCGCGAAAAGUGCUAAAAUUGUGA